AUGCACGCUCUUUCUACACUCAUUCCGUCUCUGGGUCUCUUUGCCCACUUUGCCACCGCAGGCUACACCCUGCUGGAUGACUAUGGAACUGACGAGUCUUUCUUCGACAUGUUCGAUUUCUAUACGGACACCGACCCCACCAACGGCUACGUCAACUAUGUGGAUAACUCCACCGCCGCUUCCGACGGUCUGAUCAGUGCCUCCGGUAGCUCUGUUUACAUUGGUGUUGACAACAGCAAUGUUGCCAGUGGUAAUGGUCGCAACAGCGUGCGCCUGACUAGCACCAACAGCUACACCGAGGGACUGGUCAUUCUGGAUCUGGCACACAUGCCCGCUAGCACCUGCGGCACCUGGCCCGCAUUCUGGAUGCUCGGCUCCGACUGGCCCAACAAUGGCGAGAUCGAUAUCAUCGAGGGUGUCAACCAGGGCAGCACCAACCAGAUGACCCUGCACACAAGUGACAGUUGCUCUGUCACCAACUCUGGUUUCACCGGUACGCUCGACACCAGCAACUGCUACGUCGAGGCUUCGGGCCAGACCGCCAACUCCGGCUGCGCUAUCGUCAACGGCGACACCUCGUCCUACGGUGACGGAUUCAACAACGCCGACGGCGGUGUCUACGCGACCGAAUGGACUAGUGACGCGAUCAGUAUUUGGUACUUCGCCAACGCCAGCAUCCCCUCCGACAUCAGCAGCGGCAGCCCCGACCCCAGCGGCUGGGGCACUCCCGCUGCCAGUUUCUCCGGAGACUGUGACAUCAGCUCGCACUUCAGCAACCUCCAGAUCGUUUUUGACAUCACCUUCUGCGGCGACUGGGCCGGCGACGUCUGGUCCAGCGGCUCCUGCAGCUCCUACGCUAGCACUUGUGACUCCUACGUCCAGAACAACCCCUCUGCCUUCGACGACACCUACUGGAGCAUCAACUCUCUGAAGGUCUACCAGCAAAGCAGCAGCAGCAGCAGCAGCAGCUCCGACGAAGUUGUCAGCGUCAACAACCACGGCCACGGUCACGGUCACCGCUCCCGCCGCUCAUCAAACCAAAUCCGCCCCGCUCCCCGUCCCGCCUGGAAGCACCGUCGCGAAGGCCACAAGCACGGAUUCUAA